UGGAAUUCUGUCAUGCCAAAGGUCACGUAUAUUUGGCGCUCUUCAUUCACGACUAGUCUGGCGCGUUUUUGAAAGAGCAAUACACGUCAAGAAACAUAUAUUUCGAGUUUCUGCUCGGAGCAGUUUGGAAAAUAUCUGUGAAGCGUUUUUCAGUUUGCGUUCCUAUGUUGGUGGCUGACGUGUUGAAAAUGUUUGGACCAUUUUUGGGACCGCUGAGGAGCGGAGUUGCUUUGAGAGGAACAUCCACUCAAGUCUGCUAGCUUGUUGUUUUACAGUGAAAUGUCUGGUGGCAACGUACAGCUGUCCGCCUCACACCAUGAACUUUGCCUCUGUUGUUUAUUCACACUUUCGGUGAAGUGAAUAAGAGAAGACAAGAAGACUCUCUCUGAAGUUGCAGAAAGUUGCCGGUUUCGUUUUUUAUCAGUCUCUUCAAAUUAUGGCAGGUGUUGUGGCUAUGGCAUCUGUCAUUGAGGACUUUGACAUGCAGCCAUGCAAGAAAUCUCGCAAAGAUGGUGUCAGUCCUGUUGUCAAGACAAUCACAAACUAUUUUUCUCCUGUGCCCAAGCCUGUGGAGAAACCCUUUUCACCUCCACGCUCCAACAACAUCAUGGACUACUUUAGCCGAAAGGCUCCAUCCUCUAAAGAAAAGACCAGCUCACCUGAACAGUCAAACGAGAACUGUCAGACGUCUCAGCUUGCAGAGAGACACACCAGCCCAGAGGCAACAGUAAAACAGCCAUCUCAGAAAAGGAGUAGAAAGGCCAGCAAAGCUGUAAGAAAACUUGUGGAGGCUGAACUUGUAAGCUCCACAGAGGAGGAGAGCUGCCUCAUUGUAGAGGAACCACAUAAUAGCGGAGACUCAGAAGCAGUCAGCAGCUGUGGUGUUUUUGGCAGUAGUACAGCAUCCCUGAUGGACCAACUUAGUGCUGAGGCUUGUAUCACAGGGGGAAAAUCAAAUAGGAAGGUCACCAAGACUGUCAGUGUUGAGUGGGAUGAAGAAGAAGGUUCUAAAUGUAGGAACAGUGUCAAACUUAACAAUAUUGAAUUAUCUCCGAUUGUACUUUCAAAAGAUGAAGCAAAACUAAUAAAAACCGGUGCAAAGAAUUCUAAUAAAGCAGAACAUUCAGAACCACAGAAGAAAGAAAAAGAGAGCUCCUUGUGUGAUGUUAGUAUGGAGGUUAAUGUGGAUGAGGCCUCUCAGUUAAACAAUAGCACAGUCACAAUCUCCUUUGAAGAUUUUGUACGGAGCCAGGGUGGGGAUGAAGAGGACGUGGAAGAUGAACAGGGCAAAGAAGAUGCAAGGAAAAUCACAACUGAAGCAAAAGAAAUGGACCUUGACCAUUUGGACAUCCCUAAAGCUGAAGUAAAUGUUGGUUCUGGGAAGUCACCUUUUCAAGUCUCACCCCGAACUGUCACCAUUCAGGCAGAAGUGCAUGUAGUCUCACGCAAACAGGAAGCGACCAAGACGGGGGGGAAGUUAGCUUCCAUCUUCAGCAGGAGAAAAGGGGCAAUGAGCCCCGAAGAGGUGGUGUUGUCUCCUUACACAGAGGCCGGAAAACAACAUCCUUCUCCCUCUUCAACGAUCAAGCGUAAAUCCAAUGUAGUACUUCAAGAGGAGGAUCUAGUACUGGCUGUGCUUGAGAGUGAAUCAGUGCCCAAGUGCAGUGAGGUAGAGAGAAAGCAGUUCAUGUCUGCCUUUAAACAGCCUAGUCUGGAAGCGUCCAAACCCAAGCCUGGUAAGACACAGGGCAAGCAAAAGCAACCUGGAGAAAAGGCUUUGGAUGAUGCAGACGAAGUUGCUGAAGAGGACACUAUAAUCCCACCCUCUGUUGAACAAGACCCUGCCUCUCAGGAAAACAAAUUAGCUAAAAAGAAACUAGUAAGAAAAGGCAGAAUAAAAGCUAAAGAAGAAAAGAAGGCAGUAACCAACCCACCUACUGCUGCGGUGGCGGAAGAAACAGUGGCCCCAAUUGUUGAAGGUGAUAGUAAAAGAGGGAAGCCUCCCCACACCUCAACUCCCUCCAUCCCAACAGUAAGGAGGUCCAGAAGAGAGACUGUAGUUAGGCAAGCCCCGGAGGCCACCCCAACAACCCCUAUCAGAAAAAACAGGACACUCAAGUCGAAGGAUGGCGAUGCAGCUUUACUUUAUGACAUCCCUGCAAAGAUGUCCACCCCAAAGAUACGCAAAUCCAAACACGGAGUCUUUGUAGCAGAGCUGGUACGCCCAUCUAACACAAAAGAAAGUCCAAUCAGGAUUAAAUUUACUAGAGUCCAUAGAAAUGUUUCCACGACCCAGGCUGAAAAUGGAAGUGGCGUAAACACUCCUCUAGCUACUAAAACAUCAACUAACUCUAAAAAAAGGAGUCGGGCAAAGAAGUUGGUGGAGAAAGCCAGAGCAAUUCAGCAGAAUAAAAAAACUGCUGUCAAGGAUGAGGGCACCUUAAGGCGUUCGUCACGAACUGAAGCCUCCACCAAGAGGAGCUACUGUGAAGAUGAGGAUUCUGUCAUCUGCCUGGAGGAGGACCAGACUGCUACUCCUCAGACGGCACCAGGAAAAAGUAAAACCAAGAAGCCUUUACGUAGUCUAAAUGAAGUUCUAGGAAAAGCCAAAUCUGUUGGCCAAGAGACCAAUGCUGUCCCAGGCUCCAAAGGGGCUUUGCUGGGCCAAGAGAAGAAGGUGUCAGUGGUGGUUUCCAUCUUUGAUGAGAGCUGCUCUGAAAACUCUCAGGACGAUGAGCAGUUCAGGGCACGCAAAGAGUUCUUGAAGAGUGGCCUUCCUGAGUCCUUUAGGAAACAGAUAGCCAAGACCGCUGCCACCAAGGAGGCUUACUCUCUCUCCCGUUCCUCCUUUCAACCAGUUGUUCACAUGAAGCAACAAUCAAAUGAUUGCCCUCUUUGGAGUCUACUGUGGCCUGACUCUUCAUUAUUGUGUCAUCUGAAAGAGCUUUGGUGCCAAACAUCCAACUCACUUCCGUCCGUUAGAGGCUCAUUUUGUGUGAAGACAGAACCAGCCUGUAGAGCCUUUUGUGAACGGGGUUCUGGCUGGAGGCCUGAGAUCUCUGAAAGUGUUCGUCGGCUUCUAAUGGAGGAGGUCAGCACCUCUAACUCACCCUUCCCUGUUCAGAUGUUCAUGACUCGCUUCCUAAAGAGACGCACUGACCACCAGCAGCAGUGCAUAGCCUCAGAACCAGAGGCUCUAAACAGAGUCACAAGCACAACACUGCCAGCUGAGCCAGGAGGAGGGAAGAGGAAGAGGAUGGACGAUGAGGGGGAAAUGACAGUCAAGCUGGCUAAGAAGCAACGGGCCAACUGUGCAAAAGAAAAAAAUUCCGAGCCUAAGCCAACAAAAAGGGGGGGGCGCUCGAGACGAGCUCGGAGAUCCAGGCCAGAGGACGGGGCGGAUGAGAAAGCCGAGCCUUCAAUCAAAACUGUUCCCAUCCAAUCUGAAGAUGACUCUGUGGUUGUGAUUGAUGACUUGCUUUUGGGAGAGAACCCUGGGAAAAAAGAAGUGGUGAAGGAGGACAUUUUAUGGACAGACAAAUAUCAGCCCCAGCACUCCAACGACAUCAUAGGCAACACUGCCUCAGUGAGGAAGUUGCACAGCUGGCUUAAGGAAUGGAAACUCCGUACAGACCGAGAAGAGAGAAAAAAGCAGAAAGACAAGAAACAAGAGGAUGGCAGCAAUGACGGAGACUGGGACUGCGGAGAAGAAGACUUCCAGGAUGGAGAGGACAUGUGUAAUACAAUGCUUAUCACAGGGCCCACUGGAGUAGGAAAGACUGCUGCAGUCUAUGCUUGUGCCCAGGAGCUGGGCUUUAAGGUAUUUGAGGUGAAUGCUUCAUCUCAGCGGAGUGGCCGUCUAAUUCUUUCUCAGCUAAAGGAAGCCACCCAGUCACACCAGGUGGACAGUCAGGGUGUCAACGCCAACAAACCCACCUACUUCAACAGUUACGGCUCAAGCAGCAGUGCUGGCACUCUAAAGCCUGGAUCCUCACCCAGAAAGGUUAAUUCUCCUCGUAGGGUUGUAUCCUCACCCAGGAAACAUCCCCAGUCCCCAAGAGGUGCUAAAAGAGGAGGCCUGGCUCCCACCUCUUUAGCUAACUUCUUCAAAAUGGGUCGACCCACCACCAAGGACACACAUAGCACUAAGAAGAAUGAACAGACUGCUUCUUCCAAGAAAGUCAUAAAAGCAAAAGAAUAUUCCAGUACGCACAAAGACCCUGCAGUAAAAUCACCAACAGCUACCACCUAUAGAGAAAAGAACAACGAAGAACCAAGCAAGAAGACAGCCACCUCCCUUAUACUGUUUGAAGAAGUGGAUGUUAUUUUUGACGAUGACUCAGGGUUUCUAGCUGCAAUCAAGACAUUUAUGACCACUACGAAGAGGCCAGUCAUCAUGACCACCAGCGAUCCUGCCUUCAGCACCAUGUUUGAUGGAAACUUCGAAGAGAUCCAUUUCCAAACGCCGUCAGUGUUGAAUGUUGGCAGCUUUCUUCGGCUGUUGUGUCUGACAGAGGACACAAGGACAGACCUGUUGGACAUCAGCUCCCUGCUCAGACUCAAUGGAUGUGACAUCAGGCAGAGUUUACUGCAGCUGCAGUUCUGGACUCGCAGCGCAGGAGGCCGCCUCGUUACCAGACCGUUGACGCACAGUGGCAGAAAUGCUAAACUCAAACCAGAGACCGAUGAAGAGGCAGCAGGCAUAUCUGUGUGUGCAGUGACUGUCCCAUCCGCUCUGCCUCCCUGUGACACCGGUUGCACAGAGAGCAUGCUGGGUCUGCUGAAUGUUGAACAUGAAAGAGACAUUUGGGACCUGCUCAGGAGCCGGAGUCUGGUGGAAGAGACGUGCUGGGAGCUGCUAACAAACAGCAAGCGACGAGGAGUGGACCUGCUCUAUUCCAACAUGGAGACACUCUUACCUCUGCCACUCACACAGUUAACUACCUCUAUCCGCAAACCGGAGCAAUCUGUUUCUGCAUCACAGGACCUUCCAUCAGUUAAUAUAAAAGAGCUGCCAUCCCAUACCAGGGUAUUGCACACGGCAGAGUCAGAGGAUUGCUCCGACGAUGACAGUCCAGUUAAAAUGUCCAACAGAAUGAGGAAGAACAAGAAGCGGCACAGUGUACCAGACCAGGAUGGUCUGGACUCUGACUCAGAAGACAGUUUUCUCUCUCUUUGUAAGCCACAGGGUGCUCGUCAGGCUAAUGAGGACGUCAAAGAAAGUUUAGUUUCAGAGACGGUAAAGAAGAAGCCACUGACUCCUGAGGAGAGAGUAAAAAGUCUCCCAGUCUCCCAGUGUCUAGAAUCAAUAGCUGACUUUUUAGACAACAUGUCAUACAUGGACUCCUCAUUGCUUGUUCAUCCAUUUGGGGAUGACAAUCGCAGAAGAAUGUCACCGGUUGGUGCAGUGGUGAAAGACGGGAUGACAGAUGAGUUGAGGGUUGAGACUGAUAGAGGCUGGGUGAGAGGAGAGCACCUCUUGGAGAUCCCGGCUGCUGUGGAGGCUUUGAGCUUCCACAAGUGUCGGUUUUCAGUAGCAGAGGCCUGGAGCAAAACCCAACAACUAGAAGGGGAGCUAGGAAAGGAGGCUGCAGCAGAACUCACCCUUCCUGUAGCCGCUCAUCAGGAAGGUUACAGCUUCACUCAGGACGGCCCCUGUAAACCACAGCUGGUCCAGCGGAGGAGAGAAGUGAUGGAGAGACUGAUGUUCAGAGGAGUGUUUGGUACUCAGGUCAACAGACCAGCAGCUGCUCUGGACUACUUGCCAGCCCUUCGCACCAUCUGCAGAUCAGAGCAGCUUAAGGAGCAGGGCAAGGUUAAGCGAAGGUUCCUACACUACCUCGAUGCAAUCCAUCUGGGUGUUGAAAAGAGCGUUCUACAGCACCUUGCUGAAGACUUCCCCUGAACCAUAGAGGAGAUCAGACGAGUCCUUAGGAUCACACAGAAGCCUUGAGCAAAUGUUGCCCUUUAAGUGCCACUUUUCAGGUCCAUAAAUUUGGGUUAUUAAAUUAGGAGAAGGAGGACAUUAACAGGUUGUAUUGUGACACAUGGAUGAAUUGUCGGGCAACAACAUACAUCAGAUAUGAGGUGGCCAGCUGGUCAGAGGUGUGUUUGUGCACAAAGGACUGUCGGGUGAAGUUUCCCCCUACGAAAGAUGGAAAUGACUGAAUCACUGAAUACAGAAAAGGAAUUCUUACCUGAAGGGCACACAGCAAAAAAAAACUUAAAUGUUGUCUGCUUAAGCACAUCUUUUGGUGCUUUCAAAGAAUGCACUAAAUAUUUGUACUUUAUAUGAUUUUUUUAAUAUUAAGCUGUGUGUGUUUUGUGUACAGUUAGGGUUUUAUACAUUGAAGCCUCUUUUAUCAAUUUGAUUUUCAUUGUACAAUGAGUUUUUAUAGUAGGAAUUGCUUUUGAGGAGC